CUGUUGGCGCAACUCACUUCCAUCAGCGCUCGCUUAGUCAUGGCGCCGCUACCCUCCAAGCCCUCCGAGCUCAAGCGUGUGGUCUCGAAGGGCGUGAACCAGAAGGUUCGCAGCCUCAGCAAUCGGCAACGGUCGCGCCUCUCCGAAGAGGAUGAGGAUAACGGGCGUGAGGCGUUCCUUGGCAGCACGUUCGCGCAUGGCCAAGAGCCCCCCGCCGGCUUCACCCAAGACGCGUCUCGCACGUCGAGCAUGGGCGUGCAUCGCAACGGCUCCCAGAUGCCGCAAGGCUACGGCUACGGAGCGCCUCCGCCGCCGCCGCCGCCGGGAGCGCACGGCGGCGGCCGCUCCGCCGAGGAGCAGGAGGAGAUCGACCUGGCGCUCGCGAUGGCGGCGUCGAUGGCCACGCACGAGCAGGAGUCGCGCGCCCCUCCGCGCGUCUCCGCCGACUCCGCCGCCGAGGCGGACGAGGAGGAGCAGCUCCGCCGUGCGCUGGAGCUCUCCAAGCUUGAAGACACCACCCGCAGGCUCGCCGACGAGCCAAACUUGAUUGCCGAGGAGCCAGAGCCACAACUCGGGGAGCCGGCGCCCAAGCCGGGCGGACUCGACCUCGACUCGCUCUUCAACUCCGGCCCGCCCGCCGCACCGGCGCCGCCGAGGACGGGCCAGCUGCCGGGCGCCGUGCUGCCCAACCCCUACGCGGGCGGCAUGCCGCCACAGAUGCCGCCGCAGAUGCAGCACCCGUUCCCCCACCAGGGGGCGAUGGGGGGAGGCAUGCAGGGCAUGGGCAUGGGCAUGCAGGGGGUGGGCAUGAAGGGCGGAAUGCCGAUGGGCGGGAUGCCCCUGGGCCAGCAGAUGGGCGGCAUGCGCCCGAUGGGUGGCAUGGGCGGCGGGAUGCCGCAGCAGAUGCCGCCGCAGCAGAUGAUGCCGCAGCAGAUGAUGCCACAGCAGAUGCCACCGCAUCAGAUGCCGCCGCAGAUGGGCGCGAUGCCCCAGCAAGGGAUGGGCAUGCCGCCGAUGGCCUCCCCGGCGCAAGACCCGUUCGGACCCGUCUCCGCGCCGGCGGCCAACCCGUUCUUCUGACGCGGCGUGGCGAGUCUCGCUCGCCUUCCCAGCCGUGGCCACUCGAGCCCACCCUCAAGGGCCGCCGCCUCGGUAGUAGCGAGUCGGCGGCCGCUAUCAGCGGGUCGGGUCACUCGGGCGGGGGAAGGCCGUGCGUGAGCGACGGGCGAUGCGCCUCCCAGGGCGCUUGCGGUCUGACGCCUGUGCCGAUGCGGGCCUUGGCGUGAUGCGGCGUUCAUCGAGAUUGUGUUGGUUAUUGACGCGGGGCGGGGGAGCGGUGGGGGGUGUCUCUGGGGGGAGAACUCGAGGGGGAGAGCUCGGGAGAUAAGGUGAAUUCCGCGCGUGUUACUGAGUCCACACAGCACACACUCAGAGCGCGCGGCUCGUGUUCUGUUGUGUAUCAGUUGUGUAUCAAAUGUAUGUGUGGGGUAUUUGGGGAAAGGGCUCGCGAAGAAAAUUGAAGAAAGUACUUUAA